CAUCCAAAACAUCAAUCUUCUCACCUCUACCUCAAACAUCAGACAUCAACCAUCAUGGCCAAGCGCAAGAGAGAAGAUACGGUCAAAGACCGACAGGUCUCGAAGCAACCGACUAAGGCCGUCAAAUCCACCCCCAGUCAAGAAAGUCCUGCGGCCACCGCCACCGACUUUCCCGCAAUCACUUUGCAGGUGGUGACCGGCUCAUACGAACGGGUGCUGCAUGGCUUCACUGCCGCUGUUUCCCCUGAAGCUUUUGCAAACUCCACCGAUGCCGCCACUGAAACAGCUGGGAACUCCGAUCUAGUCCAAUUUGUGGACAACUUCCUUUUUGAGGCUCAUACUUCUGCAAUCCGAUGCCUCGCACUCUCCCCGUUGCCCAAGGCAGACUCGAAUGAAGCUCCUCAAGUGAUCCUGGCCAGCGGUGCCACUGAUGAGCGCGUCAACCUCUACUCACUGUCAGCCGCCCCAGUGGCGGUCAAUGAAGACUACCCUACUGUGCCGACCCUGGCGGGCAACAAGAUUCUCGAAAAUCCCAAGAACCGUGAACUGGGAUCAUUGAUGCAUCACUCUGCCCCCAUCUCAGCUCUCAGCUUUCCCUCGCGCUCAAAGAUCUUGGUUGCAGCCGAGGACAACACUAUCUCCGUCACCAAGACUCGUGAUUUUACCGUCGUCUCGACCAUCAAGGCUCCCCACCCUAAAGUCCAGGGCCGACCAAGCGGUGACACAGCUCCUCCCGGCGGCUCCCCAUCUGGAAUCAACGAUUUCGCCGUGCACCCAAGUAUGAAACUUAUGCUAAGCGUUGGAAAGGGAGAGAAAUGCAUGAGACUGUGGAACUUGGUAACUGGAAAGAAAGCUGGUGUUUUGAGCUUCAACCGGGAGAUUUUACAGAGCGUUAAGGAAGGAAAGUGGAGCACAGGCGAAGGAAGGAGGAUCGUCUGGAACUCCAAGGGUGACGAAUUUGCUGUCGCAUUUGAAUGGGGUGCUGUUGUCUUCGGCAUUGACUCGACACCCAUCUGCAGAGUAUUCCCUAACCCUCGCAGUAAGCUUCACCAGAUGACAUACGUCAGCUCGAAUUCCUCAUCUGCGGACGAAAGCGAUGAACUGCUUGCUGUCUCGACCGAGGACGGCAGAGUCAUCUUCUAUUCCACCAAACAAGUCGAGGAUGCGCCGGAGGGAGAUGAGUCUCCAAUCCCCUUUGCUAAGGUUGUUGCCCAGCUCGGUGGCAGGGCACACGGUUUUCCCGGUAGAGUUAAGGACUUCGAGGUGCUCAGUUUGAAGGACCAGCCAGGGCCCAACAAGGACGACUACUUGGUCGUGACCGCCAACAGCGAGGGGUUAAUCCGCGUAUGGCUGUUGCGUGGCGCUGAGCUGGUAGGAAAGAAGAAGGCGGCAAAGAAGUCCUCCAACUCUAAGGAUGAGAAGGCAUCCGAAAUUACCCAGGUUGGCCGGCUCUUGAACACCUACGCCACCGGAAAUCGGGUCACUUGCCUGAAAGCAUUCGUGAUGUUGGCGGCCGAGGACUCGGACGACCUCCUCGACUCGGACGACGAAGAUCUCGAGGAUGAAGAAGUUAGCGAGGAGGAAUCUAAUAGCGAAGCAAGCGAUGAUGAGUAGAGUCGUCCUUGAUGUAUGUUGACCUAUAUACCCAACCAUUGUUGUUAGGCAAAAAGCAGUGUGGAUUAGUAGAUUGGGGUUGUAAGCUUAUGAUGCUCAUGCUCAUGUCUCUUCUG